GCGCUGAUUGCGGGCAGAGGCAGUGGCACAUGCGGAUUGGCCGGAGGAGGGGGCGAGGCAGCGCAUGAUGAGUGUCGAUUGGACGGCUCGACCCAAGUGGGCGGAACAAGGACGGUGCAGGGAGUGGGCCACGUGUCCAGGCCUAACGAAACGGUAACCCGUCCCGAGAAGCCCGCAAAAGGCCUCAGCGGCGGCCCUCCGAGCGCCGAGAGGUGAGGGUGCCCCCGGCCUCACCUGCGGAGGGGCCGUUCCGGGCUCGAACCCGGCACCUUCCGGAAAAUGGCGGCUGCCAGGCCCAUCCUGGGCCGAGUCCUUCCAGGAUCCUCUAUCCUGUUCCUGUGUGACAUGCAGGAAAAGUUCCGCCACAACAUCGCCUACUUCCCACAGAUCGUCUCAGUAGCAGCCCGCAUGCUCAAGGUGGCCCGGCUGCUGGAGGUGCCAGUCUUGCUGACGGAACAGUACCCACAAGGCCUGGGCCCCACAGUGCCUGAGCUGGGGGCUGAGGGCCUUCGGCCGCUGACCAAGACCUGCUUCAGCAUGGUGCCCGCCCUGCAGCAGGAGCUGGACAGCCGGCCCCAGCUGCGUUCUGUGCUGCUCUGUGGCAUUGAAGCACAAGCCUGCAUCUUGAACACAACCCUGGACCUCCUGGACCGGGGGCUGCAGGUCCACGUGGUGGUGGACGCCUGCUCCUCACGCAGCCAGGUGGACCGGCUGGUGGCGCUGGCCCGCAUGAGACAGAGUGGUGCCUUCCUCUCCACCAGCGAAGGGCUCAUUCUGCAGCUGGUGGGUGAUGCCGCCCACCCGCAGUUCAAGGAGAUCCAGAAGCUCAUCAAGGAGCCCGCCCCAGACAGCGGACUGCUGGGCCUCUUCCAAGGCCAGAACCCCCUCCUCCACUGAACUCCAACCCUGCCUUGAGGGAAGACCACCCUCCUGUCGCCAGGACCUCAGUGGAAGCGCGUUCCCCCCAUUCCUGGAUCCCAAGAGUGGUGCGAUCCACCAGGAGUGCCGCCCCCUUGAGGGGGGAAGUAGGGUGCUGCCCUUCCAUUGGACAGCUGCUCCCGGAAAUGCAAAUAAGACUCCUGAAAGCUGGGUGGGAAUUGGCUGAGCCGAGAUGGAGGCGGGGCUCGGCCCCGGGCCACUUCACGGGGCGGGAAGGGGAGGGGAAGAAGAGUCUCAAACUGUGGGACACGGACUCGCAGAAUAAACAUACAUGUGGCUGUGGA